ACCUUAUCUCUUAUUCAGAUGCCUCUCAAAUCCGUUUUGGAGUCCGAAUAUGAAUGAAUGUUCCCAUAUGUAUAUAUAUAUAUGUAUGUAUGUAUCAUCGUUCUUCUUGUGUUUCUCAGUGGAAUUAAGAUCAUCAGCUAGCUUAGAUGGACGCUGCAAGUGCGAGAGAAGAGCAACGGCGUCAAGAACUAGAGAAGCUUCUUCGGCAAUGGAGUCCCCUGGAGGUUCCUGUUUACAGCAUUUACCAUAGAAAGAGCUUCUUCAGCUUCCGGCGAGAUCCAGACUACGAGAUCCAUAAACUGAAGAAGACGGUGCCGAUCCGCGGCGAAUACGUCGAGCUCCACUUAUUCGACAGGCAAGCCGUUCGGCAUCACAUGACCAAGUACGGGUUAAUCCAUUUAGGCCUGGUCCAAGUCGCCGUGAAGCCUCUCACGGCAGCCGGCUUGGACUGCUCUGUUCUCAUCUGCCUCCGCGACGGUCGCUAUCUCAAGUUUCGCAAGUCCCUUCUGGCGGUGGCUCAAGCUUCUCUCCGCCACGGACCCGUUUAUUUUGACUGCUAUCCGAACUAUUCGCUUCUGCUGACAGGUGCUAAGAUGCCCAGGACUUGGGCUCUCAGAAUCAAAAUUGAGAGUUCCCGGAAUGUUGAGCUGAGUUCAUCGGAUAUAGCCGUCGAGUACACGAUUUACUAUCGAGUAGGCAACGAUUUUUAUGGCUCAAAGAAGUCUCUCUCCGUCGGGGAGACUAUUCUCCCCGUCGGGGAGACUACUUUCGUGGAGACCAAUCUGGUGGGCGGCGGCGGCCGUGCCGUUCCGAGGACUAUCCGGUUUGAUUCGUUUGAAGUGCCGGAAGGAUGGAUGGACAGAACAGAGCCCACCAACAAUGGGGAUUGACACUUGCAUAUAAAUAUGUAUCCUUUUUAUUUGUAGUUUCCUGCGUGGUUUGUGCGCUUGCUCGCAUGUAAUCUCUUGUUAACAUGGAAUCAUUGAGAGUGCAAGCAACGCAAUUACCAGAACAUAAUGAUUGGGUCGGCUCCGCCAAUUUAGUAGCUACCGAGGUCAAACGAGUGCGAUUUUGUUCAACCUCUUAACGGGUGAACAAAAUUGCACUCAAGCUCAACUCAAGUACGUACGGUGCGAGCUAACACUUUCCCCAAAAAA